GCUAGUCAACAAGGGGAAGGAGCUCUGAGGUGGUGGCCCUCUUCACCCAGGCACCGUCAACUACACCACUGUAGCACCAAGGGGCUGGUUAAUGAGUCGGAGGAGCACGAGGGCGUGGCGGCUGACACAAGGGGCUGAAGUUCAUUGGCACAUAAACAGCGGGUGGAAUAAAGAGGAAGGAGAGAGUCAGAGAAAGCUGACUUACUCACACGGUCAAGGAGAAAUCCGUCCUCCACCUGAUUCAGGUAUCCUCUUCAAGCUGAAUCUGGCACCAUGCCCCAGAUCCAGGUCAAAACCCAAGUUGCUAAAGUCCUCAAUAAAACCACACCAGGGCUGCAGAUAUGGAGGAUAGAGGACAUGGAGAUGGUGCCCUUUCCCCCUAAAGCAUAUGGCCAAUUUUACGAAGGAGACAGCUAUGUCAUUCUAUACACCAAUAAGGUGCGCAGCUCUUUCACCUACGACAUCCACUAUUGGCUGGGCAAGGACACCUCCAAUGACGAGCAGGGGGCAGCGGCCAUUUACACCACCAUGAUGGACGAGCACCUGGGGGGCGUGGCCGUGCAGCACCGAGAGGCUCAGGGCUAUGAGAGUGACACCUUCCGUGGGUACUUCAAGCAGGGCAUUGUCUACAAGAAGGGUGGCGUUGCAUCUGGGAUGAAGCAGGUGGAGACCAACACAUACAACAUCCGCCGCCUCCUCCACGUCAAAGGAAGGAAACACGUAGUGGCCGGAGAGGUGGAUAUGAAUUGGAGCAGCUUCAACAAGGGGGAUGUGUUUCUGCUGGACCUGGGCAGCCUCAUUAUCCAGUGGAACGGUCCCAAGAGCAACCGCAUGGAGAGACUCAAAGGGAUGAACCUAGCCAAGGACAUCCGUGACAGGGAAAGAGGGGGACGGGCUCAGGUCAGUGUUGUUGAAGGGGAUAACGAGAAGGCUUCCGAAGAUGCCAUGAAGCUGAUGAAACAGCAUCUGGGAGAGAAAAGGGAAAUAAAGGACUGUGUCGCGCCCGACGACGUGGUUGACCAGAAGCUGACGUCAAGUGUCAAGCUCUUCCAUAUCUCAGAUGCCCAAGGAAACCUCGUGGUUCAAGAGGUGGCAGUAAAGCCUCUGACACAGGAACUGUUGAAUCAUGAGGACUGCUACCUAUUGGACCAAGGUGGUAUUAGAAUCUUUAUCUGGAAAGGAAAGAAGUCUUCCAAGACAGAGCGGGCUGAAGCUUUGGAUAAAGCAGAAGCAUACAAGAAGGCGAAGGGAUACACUAUGUCCACAUACGUGGAGACUGUGAACGAUGGAGCUGAGUCCUCUGUGUUCAAGCAGCUGUUCCAGAAGUGGUCCGUAAAGGGAAGUACUGUAGGACUGGGGACCACAAACAGCAAAGGGAAAAUUGCAAAGGUAGAGCAGAUAAAGUUUGAUGCCACAUCCAUGCAUGCAAGACCUGACCUGGCUGCCCAGCAGAAAAUGGUAGAUGAUGGAACAGGCGAGGCUGAGGUUUGGAGGAUAGAGGACAGUGAGCUGGUGCCCGUGGAAAGGAAGUGGUUGGGUCACUUUUAUGGAGGCGACUGCUAUCUCAUCCUCUACAAAUAUCUGGUCAACUACAAGACUCACUACAUUCUAUACGUAUGGCAGGGUCGCCACGCAACCACAGCGGAGCUGGCAGCCUCUGCAUUCCAAGCCGUGAACAUCGACCAACAGUACGGCGGGGAGCCGGUUCAGGUCCGAGUACCCAUGGGCAAAGAAACCCUCCACCUCAUGGCCAUAUUCAAGGGCAAGAUGGUGGUUUAUGAGGAAGGAAGCUCCAGAGACAACUCUACCUAUGUCCAGCCGGCAGUACGUCUCUUCCAUGUCCACGGAACCAAUGAGUUCAACACCCGCGCAAUUGAAGUGCCAGCACGUUCCUCGUCCCUGAACUCCAACGACGUCUUUGUGCUAAGCACGGAUACUUGCUGCUAUCUGUGGUAUGGAAAGGGCUGCAGUGGGGAUGAGCGAGAGAUGGGGAAAUCCUUAGCCGACAUCAUCUCCAGGAGGGAAAAAAAUGUCAUUGCUGAGGGCCAGGAACCGGCUCAUUUCUGGGUCAAUCUGGGAGGCAAGUCACAGUAUGCCAACAGUAAGAGACUUCAGGAAGAACACUCCAGCAUCACCCCACGCCUCUUUGAGUGUUCUAAUCAGACAGGUCGAUUCUUGGCCACAGAGAUCACCAACUUCAACCAGGAUGACCUAGAUGAAGAUGAUAUCAUGCUGCUAGAUAUAUGGGACAUGGUGUUCCUGUGGAUGGGAAAGGGAGCCAACCAAACAGAGAAGGAUAAUGCAACCACCACAGCACAGGACUACCUGAGGACCCACCCUGGGGGUAGGGAUGUGGACACCCCCCUCAUACUGGUUAAACAGGGAUUUGAGCCACCUACCUUCACCGGAUGGUUCCACGCCUGGGACCCACACAAGUGGAGUGGAGGGAAAUCCUACGAGGAUUUGAAAGCUGAGCUUGGAGAUGCAACUGAAAUGAUCAAGAUCACUGUGGACAGAACCACUUCCACUCCGAAGGACAUCGGAGGAUCAGUGCUGUCCCCCACCAUUAAGACCUCCUUUCCUGCAGACCAGCUGGUCAACCGCCAGACAGAGGAACUGCCUGAUGGGGUGGACCCCACCAAGAAGGAGGAGCAUCUGUCCAAUGAAGACUUUGCUCUGAUCCUGGGUAUGUCCCGGCCACAAUUUUACUCCAUGCCUACCUGGAAGCAACAGAAUCUGAAAAAAGAGAAGGGUCUGUUCUAAAAAGACUUCUGUGCUACUGGUCUCAUUUUGACAUGGAAAAGCAGCCAGCACUGAUGUCAAAUCAAACCUUAUUGUAUUUACUUCUUGUAUUUCCAAAUCUACAAUACAUCUUGAAUUUGCACCAUUACUUGUGCAAUUUACACAAGUAAAUAUUGUCCUGCAAAAACAAUGCAAAUUUAGGAAUAAGGUCCACCAAAACAAAAAUAUAAGGAUACAUGGUUGACACUUUUUCUGCACUGUCAAAGUGAGGCCCCUCGUGUUAUCAGUCUAGUUAUUUUUAAAUGACUGUAAGAAACAGAUUAAAUUGUCUUAGAUUUAGUCUUGUCAAUAAUCUAUGCUUUUUUCGUGCUUUUAAAUUUCUGUUGUAAUUUAGACCAUCAGUUAAUAAAGUGGAAAUGUCUAGGUGAUUGAAAGGACUAUAGAUUUUUUUAUAUUACGGUUAGCAUAGGUAAAACAGUUAUUCUAAACUGCUACUUGUUUCACCUAGCUAUGUCAUUCUAGCCGCCCAAAAUAACUAGGAGGUUAUAUUGGACCAAUAUGGUCUAAUAUUUUAUGUUAACAAUGAGCCUUAAUAUUGUAAUGAAGCAUGUUAAGAGUCACCUUUUCAUAGUGAUAUUCAAAAACCCCACCUUCUGGCCUUUAGGCCAGUGGGCUGUUGCCUGACACAAAAGUAUGGGCACAUGGAGUUGAUAUCAGUGCUUUAACAUAGAAUCUCUGAGAUAUUGAAAAUGUUUCCUUAAAUCUAUAUUUGUAAUGACAAUCUUCAGAGAACUGCAAGUGCAUGGUUUUCUCCAUGUGUUUAAUUAUAUAAAUGUGGACAAUGUAACUAUUACAGUGUUGCAUUUUUUUUAAUAUGUUGGAUUAACGGAUACAUAUAUAUAUAUAUAUUCAUAUAAAGACCAUUCAGGUACCAUUCUGAAUGGCAUUAAAUAAACAUAUUUCCCACGUU